GAUUUCAACUUCGAUUAUUUCGACAAAAAGUGACCUUUGAAAGCAGAUAAUUUAGUUUAUCGAGUGAACUGGAGAUAACAGUUUGUUCAAAAAUGAGUCAGACAGAAAUUUGCGAGAAGAUAAUUUUGGGUUAUUUCUCUGUCAGAGCAUACGUUGAUCACUUGAAGCUGCUACUGGAGUACAAGCAGAUUCCGUACACAUUCCAGAGUUGCCAGAAGGAACAGUUGGAUGAUGGGUCGUGGCAGGGAGGCCUCUGGUAUCAGGAGUGGAGACAUAAUUUGAAUCUGGACUUCCCCAAUAUGCCUUUCUACAUUGAAAAAUACUCGGAUGGAUCCCAAUUUUCCAUGACAGAAUCUAUGGCCAUAUUGCGUCAUCUGGGCCGGAAAUAUUCCUUAUAUGGAGAUGGAUCUAUCCAGCAUAUGGCCAAAGUGGACAUGCUAGUGGAUGUGGCUGUUGAAUUGCGACUUAUAUUUGUCAAUCUGACUUAUUUCGGGGACGUCGAGAAAGAAAAGUCAGAUUAUUUCAAGAAAACAGGCGAUAAAUUCUCCCGUUUUGAGACAUUCAUGGUGAAUCAUGGGGCAGAUUGGGUGUGUGGCCAUCGAAUCACAAUAGCCGAUUUCAUCCUUUGGACUGUGCUGGAUUACAACGUCACUCUGUAUCCAGACAUCCUGGAUCCUUAUCCCAAUCUGAGGGCAGUUAAGUCUAGAAUGGAGUCUGUUACUCAGGUCGCGGAGUAUUUGAACAGUGAGAGGUUUUCGAGAUUUCCAAUUAACAGUCCGUAUGCGAACUGGGGUGGCCAAAAAAAGUAGAAACUAUUUUUCUUGAUAAACAUACCUGACCUAGUAAAUGGAAAUUAUUGGUCUCAGUAUUUGAUCAAUUAAUUAAACCUGCUCGCUGUACUUAAAUAAACUGACAAAUAAAAGUUAACGUAAAACGCUAUGUUUGUGGCCAAUUAGUUAU